AUGACCACAGAUUUGACUGGUGAAAAGAUGGCAUCUACAUCACCUUCGGAUACAACAUCUCCGGCGAGUGGAGGGCCGCGUACGGCGCAAGAUUUCGAGAACUUAGAAAAGAAAAGGGCGAGAGAUAGGAAGAGUCAAAAGGCCAUGCGCGAGAGAACAAAAUGGAACAUUCAAUGUUUGACUCAACAAGUCGAACAGUUGACACGUGCACUCGACGCCGAAUCACGGGAGAAGAACGACUUGUAUAACAGGUUCCUGGCUGUGUCCGAAGAAAACGACCACUUGCGCGUGCAGAAAGCUGCACUGCAGCUACGGCUCCUAGGGAAUGGGCAGUCACCGCCUGACAGCGCGUCUUCACCCACUGGUCUCGCGCCGUACGAAGCGAUCCCAGUGAAUACCAGUCCUACGUGCAUGUCGGAUCAGAUCUUGCAAACCUUCGUUGAGAGCCGAUGGGAAGCCUACGCUUUCCAAACAGCUGGACGCAUUGAAUCGUAUCCCGACAAGCCUGAUCUCAGCGCCCUGUUCGACGGCCGGCCGAAUCGCCAGGUAGAUGAGACGAGUUCAAUUGUAGGCGACAUAAUCAGGAGUUACACAGAGAUUAACACGCUGCCAAAGAAGGUAGCCGUACACUAUAUCAUGAGUACGCUUCUGAAGUGGGAGGUGUUGAGGACGAAGGCGAGCUUCCAGGCUAUGCCGGACUGGCUGCGCCCAGAGCAGGUCCAGCUUGAACGGCCGCAUGCCAGCUGGAUUGAUCGGAUACCAUGGCCCAAGAUUCGCAUAUAUCUAAUCGACCACCCUGAGGUGAAAUUCGAUGACUUUGCGUCCGCAUACAGCACAUCUUUCAACGUCAAGUGGGACUACGACCCCAACCAUGUCAUCCUGACUACGGCAAACGAUGAGCGUGGCGGCAUAUCGAUUAACCCAAUUUACGAAGAGCACGUGAGGCAGCUGAAGAACUGGACCGUUGGAGGCGCCUUCCGGCUGAAGUUCCCCGAGAUGACAGAAAUUAUCGAUAGCUACAAAAACGAAAAGUAG